AACCUCGCCGCAGCUGCUGUCAAACGAGGGCAAUGUGUUUGUAUUCAUUUUUCCUUCCUUUUUCUCCACAAACACCCAAUUUAUCAAGUCCGCUUUCGGCAGUGCAUAGAUAACUCUAGAAGCAUAAAACCGCCCAGAAUAGCCGUCCGGUGAGAACGAAACUGUGCCCACCGGUAAACAUACACCUUCAGCGCCCAUCCCUGCUGUACCAUGAUUAAGCUGCUGGACCGGGUGUUGAGCUUCAUCAACUAUUGGUGGUUUCGGUACUUGAUGAUAACGGAGCUAUACAUGGUGGAAAGCUGGGAACGAGUCACGAUACACGUGUUUCUGUUUGCCAUAUUCCUCGCCCAGUGGUAUUUCAACUGUAAGGUGAUUCUUCCCUUCACCGGUAACCUGCUGGGCAUUCAACCGGUGGAUCAGCAUAUAGCCUCCACGUUACCACGCUCCUGAACAAUGUGCGAAGAGGAUGAUGCCUCCCGAAAGCCCCAAAGCGGUGGAGCGAAUGUAGCCCCGCAGGGAAACACACUACAAAGUAUUUUACGGACAACUGAAAACCACUGUUAAAUCUCAUCGACUUUUCAUCCUACUGUACAAGGAUCUGAUGUUCUUUUUCUGUUCUUUUUGUAUUCUGUAUUCUGAAUUCGCUUAAGAGAAAAUUCCAUUUUGUGUUUGUGUUUUCUACCGCACUCAGUGUUUAUUGUGUGCGUGGUGAAUGUGAAUGGAAAUAUAAAGCAAUGGAAUAAAACAGCCCAACCAAAA